UGAGGGAGAAUGGCCGGAAGGGGCGGGAGGAAGUGCGCUCUGACGAUUCUUCCGGUUCUUCUCUGCUGUCACCCUGACAGCCAGGCCUCAUGGAAUUGCUUUGUGUCCCCUCCACCCUCCCUGUCCUGGACCCGGGAGCUGAGGCUCCUCUGGCUUUCGGCCCUCCGUCCGUCCCCACGCCUCCAGCGGCUCCCGCCGCACUUGGCUAGCUGAACUGCCCCCAGGGAUGGGGUGUGUGCACUGAGCGGAGCUGGCUGCCAGGCCCUGCCUCUGGGGACUGUGUGCGCUCGGGACCGGACGAUUCUUUUGGCAGGUGCCCAGUGGGACCCUUAGCUGGGCUUGGGCUGUUGGUGAUCUCCCUAUGCGGGAGGAGUGUGGGCGAGUGGUCUAACUCUGCCCGUGUUCUGCAAGGGACGCUGUAGUCGACUAUUGCUUGCCUGGGGUCGCUUUUCUUUCCCAGUUUUUCUUCGGAGCCUUGGUCCUUCUACAGGAGGGCAGGAUGGCCCCAGUACUCCUGACAGCGCCAGGCCUCCAAGUCCAAAAGGAAUUGGUGACAUUUAAGGAUGUGGCUGUGGAAUUUACCCAGGAGGAGUGGGGAAGCCUGGACCCUUUCCAGAAGAAGUUAUACAAAGAUGUGAUGCUGGAGAACUAUAGGAACCUUGUCUUUCUGGGACUAACAGUUUGGAAACCAGCUGUGAUCUCCCAAUUGGAAGAAGGAGAAGCACCUUGGACAGAGGACAGAGAAGUGCCAAAAGCCAUCAGUCCAAAUUUGGAAACUAGGCCUGAAACCAAGGAAUCUAUUCAUGAAAGACUGAGAAAGAAUGAUUCACAUAUUUCUAAACUGGAGGAAGCCUGGGAAUAUUAUGUAGGAUUUGAGGGACUGCAGCAAAACCAUGAGGAGAUACAAUGCAGAAUUCCUAAUGGAGAAAAUCUUUAUAAAAGUCAUGAAUACAUAGAGGCCAUCUGGAGUACACACCUCGUUGAAUCUCAGACAAUUCAUAGGGGAAAAAAGCUGUACGAAGAUAGUGAUUGUGGGAAUGCCUUCCAUUCCAGCUCCUUCCUUACCCAACAUCAGAGCCUACUUACUGGAGAGAGGACUAAUGAAUGUGGAAAGGCCUUCAGCUGGUACUCACAAUUUAUUCAAAACGAAAGACUGCACAAUGUAGAGAAAUCUUAUGAAUAUCAUGUAUGUCCAGUAGAAUUCUCCUAUAGCCAAUACCUUACCAACCACCCAAGAAUUCAUAAUGGAGAGAAGCCUUAUGAAUGUAACUAUUGUGGGAAGCCCUUCCGUUGGAGAUCACAGUUAACUGCACAUCAGAGAAUUCAUACUGGAGAAAAGCCUUAUGAAUGUAACUAUUGUGGAAAGGCCUUCUGCAGGAGAUCACAGUUAACUGUCCAUCAGAGAAUUCAUACUGGAGAGAAGCCAUAUAAGUGUAAUGAGUGUGGGAAGGGAUUCCGCCAUAGUACAGAAUUAAAUCUACAUCAGAGAAUUCAUGCUAGAGAGAUGUCUUACACAUGUAACAAUUAUAUGAAGGCCUAUAGCCCACAUUCAGACUUUAUGCUACAUCAGAGACUUUAUAUUGAUGAGAAACCUUAUGAAUGUAACUAUUGUGAGAAGGCCUUCCAUCGGAGUUCACAGUUAACUCGACAUCAGAGAAUUCAUACUGGAGAAAAACCUUAUGAAUGUAAUUAUUGUGGGAAGGCCUUCCGCCAGAGUUCACAUUUAACUCGACAUCAGAGAAUUCAUACUGGAGAAAAGCCAUACAAGUGUAAGGAUUGUGGGAAGGGCUUUCAUCAACGUUCAGAAUUAAUCCCGCAUCAGAGAAUUCACACUGGAGAGAAACCUUAUGAAUGUAGCUAUUGUCAAAAGGCCUUCCAUCGGAGUUCACAAUUAACUCGACAUCAGAGAAUUCAUACUGGAGAGAAGCCCUAUAAAUGUAAUUAUUGUGAGAAGGCUUUCCACCAGAGUUCACAAUUAACUCUUCAUCAAAGAAUUCAUACAGGAGAGAAGCCUUACAAAUGUAAAGACUGUGAGAAAGCCUUUCACCAGAGUUCAGAAUUAACUCUACAUCAGAGAAUUCAUACUGGAGAAAAGCCUUAUAAAUGUAAGGAUUGUGGGAAGGCUUACAACAGGAAUUCAGAGUUAACUUUACAUCAGAGGAUUCAUACUGGAGAGAAACCUUAUGAAUGUAAACAUUGUGCAAAAACCUUCCGCCAAAGUUCACACUUAAAUCGACAUCAGAGAAUUCAUACAGGAGAGAAACCUUAUAAAUGUAACUAUUGUGGAAAAACCUUUCGCAUCAAAGAACAUCUUAUUAUACAUCAGAGACUUCAUACAGGAACCUUAUGAAUGUUGUGAAAGUAGGAAAGCUUUCCACAAGAAUUCACAAUUCUACAUCAAGAAGUCAUACUGGAAACAAGCAAUAGAUAUAUAUUGAUUGUGGAAAGACCUACACCUAGAGUUCAUGAUUUACAAAAAAAUCAAACUUCAUGCUGGAGAGAAGAAACAUCAAAAUUCAUACUUUCCACAGGAGUAAACAUUUAAAUAGACAACAGAGAAAUACUAGACAGAAAACUUAUGACGGUUAUUAUUGUAGGAAGUUCUUUUAUAUAAAAUGAUGCUUUACUGUUGAGAUGUCACAAUUAGGAGGAACCUUAUAUAUAAACUACAUAAUUGAAUGUGGGAAAAUCAUCCACUAGAUUUCAGAAUUAAUGUCAGAUAAAUUCAUAUUAAAGAGAAGCCUUGCAAAUUGACAUCAGAGAUGAAUACUAUAGAAAUGACUUGUAAAUCUAAGUAACUAUUCUGUAAAGACCUUUUGUAUCAAAGAACAUCUUAUUGUACAUCAGAGACUUCAGUUAGGGGGAGAAAUCUUAUAAAUGUAAUAAAUGUGGGAAUGUCUUCAUCUGGGCUCAUGCUUAACUAUAUACUAGUAUUAGUUUUAUGGUUGGACUGAAUAUAUUUAAUUGGUCGCCAGGGAUUUAAUUUCUAAAUCCCAAAAAUGAAUUACUAAAGUAAAAUAGAAUUUAUGGUAGUUUAUUUUUCCAAUAGAGGGACGAUAUUAAGGAAGAGAGAAAAGGGGAGAGAGAGAGAGCUCUGGCUUCCUCUGAGCCAGGUAGAAAUUCUAAUGCCCCAACCAGGGGAAAGGAAUCUCAAGAUGAUGGGCCUUUCCUGGAUGCUCAAGCCUCCAGAAAGGGCAAGGAAGGAAGUCAGCCUUUACACUCACCAUGGUGUCAGUUCAAUCAGCAGAUUCUUUUAUCAGCCUCAACUCCAGAAGGCUUCACUCCCAAGUGUGUCUCUUUCAAACUCCAAGUGUCCCUCUUCACUCCAAGUGUCUCUCUUCACUCCAAGCAUCUCCAUUCCAAGUGACUCCCUUCAAGUGUGUCUGUGUGUAUCUGUUUCCACUUUUAAAGACCUUUUUCUCUUGUGUCACUUCCUCUAAAUUUUUACAUCUACCAAUCACAGCUGACGCUCCACUCCAGGACUGCCCACUCUUUCACAUGUGGGUCACAGACUUCCCACUAAAUGUAUGAAAUGGGUGUUCACACCUUUUUGUGGUUAAAAUCCAAAAUGGGUAGAUCUCCAUACUCAACUUUAAGUACUGUGCUUUAUACUUUGGGAAUUCUAAAAAUAGACAGGGGAUUACAAUUUAAUCUUCACAAUCAAGGAAGAGCUAAGUACAUUCAUUAUUACAAUCAGGAGAGAGCCAAAUCCAAUCUUCACACUAGAUAACUCAAUGUAGAGAAGCCUUACAAAUGUAAUAAUUAUAAGACAACAUCCAGCCAGAGUUCACUGACAUCAGAGAAUUCAUAACGGAGAGGACUUAUUUAGGGGAGACUAUAUCAAAGUACCCCUUAGUAGACCAAGAUAUCACACUAAAGUCUACUGCCUCUCACAGGGGCUUAUACAUCAGAAAUUCAUAGUGAAGUGACACCUUUAAAGUGUAUUUAUUGGAAAAAAGUUAUUGGAACUCAUGGCUUACUGAACAGCAAAUAAUUCAUAUUGGAGAAAAACAAUGAGCAUAAUGAUUGUGGAAAGGCCUUUUGACUGGUUCAACAGAAUUCUUGCAGGAGAGAAAACUUAAGAAUAUAAAGAGAUCUUCCUGAAUAGCACAUAACUCAUAGAAUAUCAGGGAAUUCAUGCUGGAGAGAAGCCUUUUGCGUUUAGUGAUUGUGGGGAGAUUUUCCACUGACAUUUCAUACCUUACUCAAAAUCAGAAGACGAUGAAAAGAAGCCUAUUAAAUGCUAUGAAUGGAAAAUCUCUUCAGGACCUCAGGUUGUUUAACAUAAGAAAUUGCAUAAAGAAAUGAUACUUUAAAAUUAUCAGGGAAGACAUUCCCUAACAACACACAUCUUAGGAAACAUCAUGAGCCUCACCCUAGAGAGGAGCUUCAUGAAUGUAUUGUAAUGUUUAGAGGAAGGUCUUUAAUGAAAGCAGAACCUUUAUUCAAUACUCAUUUCUCAUACCAGAAAAAAACCUUCACAAAGAUGGAAUCUCAUGAAUACAAUUACCUUGAGAAAGCUUUCUGAUUAAUGAACCAAGUCAUGACAAAAUCAGGAAUAACAAGAAGAAAUGUUUAGAAGAGGGCAUUAUGGGACUUAUCAUGUAUGAGAAAAAGCAAGUAGGCCAAUAUGACAAGAUAAGUAUUUAUUUUUCUUUGCCAAGUAGGUUAGGCUAGUUCUUUUCCCUUAAAAGGCAAGGAAAGAAAUUAUUGGCCAAGACUUUAUUGGCCAAGGGAGCUAAGGCCUAAACUGUCUAGUUGAUUGAAAUGGCUUCCUGCUAGCCUCAAUCCAUAUUGAAGUGGCUUCCAAUUCAACUAAAAGCAUAAAAAAGCCCAUUCAUGUAGACUGGCUCAAACUCCCAAGGCCAUUGGAAUCAUCACAUCCUGGUCUACUGACCUAGCUCAUUUCUUUAAGGAGAUAAAGAAUGGCCAGAUUAAUUGUUGCAUUUUUAUUAAGUAUCCUUUCUAUGCUGUGGCUAAUUAAACGUUCUUUUGUUAACUGCUGAA